AAAAUCCCAAAUUUUAGAAACGUUAAGCUGGAGUUUUCUAGGGAGAUAUAUUUGUUCGAGAUUGACGUGUUUGGAACACGUUUAAUCGAUUAAACGUCUCUGCAAAAUUUGUUAUUGAAUUUCGAUUCUCACAAACACAAAAUAUCUGAAAAAUCUGCAAGCUGUGUAGUGAUUCCUCUAUUCUAGGGUUUCCGAUUUCCAUUCUCUCUUCUUAGGUUUUUUUGUUGGGAAUUAUCGAUUUCUGUUAGAGAUCUAUUAACUAGAUCGGUAUUCUAGUUUCUGAUUAGUUUUUUCGUUAUCUCUUCUCUGUUUUACUACUAAUUUUGUGAGAAAAAGUUGUAUCGAUCGACUGAAAUGAACGAGCAAGGUGCAAUGAUGAACCAACAGCAGCAGCAGCAGCUGAUGAACAUGAAUCAGAGUCUAAUGAAUGCGAGUCAAAUUAAUCCGCAGAUGGCUCCGAUGAAUCGGAACUACGGAAUGUGGGGGCCACAACAGCAGUUUCAAAACCCUAAUAUGAGCUCCGACGCCAUGAAACCUCCGCGUGCAGCUUUUAAUAAGUCGUUAGGUCCUAGGAGCAAUUGGAAGGGCAAAAGGGUAAAUAAACAGAGGAUGGACCAGCGGCAGCAAACCUUAGUCAGCUCCGGUGGAAUCGGUGCUGGUGGCGGUGGGAAUUUAAAUUUUAGGAACUAUAAUCCUCCGUCAUUGAACGAGCUGCAGCAUCAGAAUCGGUUGAGGGCUAGGAAAACAUUCCCAAAAAAGAAGUUCAACAAGAACAUGAGUAUGAAUAUGGCUGGUAAUGGGGAGAGAUCUGCCCCAUUUGCACCUAGGAAUACCACUUCCUUUCUGAUUAGAGCAAAGAAAUGUGGUGGGAUAGCAUCGGUGGUUUCUCCAUUUCCGGUGACCCCGUCUGUGUUGCCAACUCCAAUCUUGUCUCCUUCUACUGAAGUUUUGGGGAACAUGGCCAAGGAAGAGUGGGGGGUGGACGGUUAUGGCUCGAUGAAGGGGUUGAUCAGGCUGAGAUCGCUUGGGCACGAAGACGAGGAAGAUGAGGGCGACUCAAGUGGGAGCGACGUGGAGGAGCAUGUUGAGGUUGAGAGGAGGUUGGACCAUGAUUUGAGUAGGUUUGAGAUGAUCUAUGAUCCAAAUAGUGGCAAUGCUGGCGGGGUAGAGUAUCACAAUGUGUUGGAAAACCGGGUUGAUGAUCAGGACACUCACAUUGCACAGCUCGAGGAAGAGAACUUGAAUCUGAAGGAGAGGCUGUUCUUGGUGGAGGGAGAGUUGGGGGAUCUGCGGAGGAGGUUACUGUUGCUAGAAAGGCGAGGAGGCCGAGUGGACGAGGAGGUUGUUGAGAAUGAGUCUGAAAAUGAGAGAGAGAGCAAUACACAUUCAACGGGGGAGAAUGAUGAACAAGAUAAGUGUGAAGUUGGGGAAGGCGUUGAAGGUCAUGUUGGUGGUGGAUUUGAAGCAGUAGAAACUAGAGAGGGAGGUUGUGUGGAAGGGAGAUUCCAAAGUGGAGACGAAGGAAUGAAGAUGAGUGAUGAUACUAAUGUCAAUUAUUCUAUCGUAGAAGAUAAAUUUGCUGCUGAAGUUGAGACAGCAGAAAGUGUUGAUGGGGAAUCUUGAAAACUUGUGGUUGAAGAUGAUGCUUGUAAGUUACAGAGUGGGGUGACUAAAGAAGAGAAACUUGGUUGUUAGGCUAUUGCUGUUAUUCUUUUUCUUUCUCUUUCUCUGUCAUGGUGGGGAAAGAGAGGGAGAGAGGUUUCCUGCCAUGGAUGGACGCAAUUAGGUUUUCAUUAGAGUUUGACUGCGUAAUGGCCUUUACAACUGCUUAACCAUUCAGAAUAUGGUGGCAUAUUCUUUUUGGCCAGCCUUGUUUAUAAUGAAACUUUCACUGCUUAAAGAAAAUGAAUCUUUAACUAUUUAAUA